CUGGAGCGCGCCGCUUGCUGCCUGAGGUGGGACUCCGCGCGUGGGGGAGUGCAGGGCGCGGCGGAGUCGGGUUUCAGAGCGCGGGUGACUCAGGCGCGGGCCGGACCCGGUGAUCCUGCAACCGCCACCGAGCGCCGCCUUUGUUUCCCGCGGGAAGAGCGAGCGCUCAGAGCCCCUCGCCUCCGCAGAGCUCGCGGCUCCAGCAGACCCGUGCCAUGGCGCCCAGGAGCAGCGCGCGGUGCUUGCGCCUGCUGUUACCCGCGAUCUCGGCGCUGCUCUCCGUGGUCACCCAGGCGCGCUCCUCGGCAGAGUCGGCCUUCCAAAGCCAUCUGGACCUCACAGAGCUCAUUGGAGUCCCACUGCCCUCGUCUGUGUCCUUUGUCACAGGCUAUGGUGGUUUUCCAGCCUACAGCUUUGGGCCUGGUGCCAACGUGGGUCGCCCAGCCAGGACCCUCAUCCCGCCCACCUUCUUCAGGGACUUUGCCGUCAGCGCUGCAGUGAAGCCCAGCAGCCCCCAGGGUGGCGUGCUCUUUGCCAUUACUGAUGCCUUCCAGAAGGUCAUCUACCUUGGCCUGCGGCUCGCGGGUGUGGAGGAUGGCCACCAGAAGGUCGUCUUCUACUACACAGAGCCCGGCUCCCACGUGUCCCAUGAGGCUGCUGUCUUCUCAGUGCCAGUGAUGACAAACAGGUGGAACCGCUUUGCUGUCAUCGUCCAGGAUGAGGAAGUGACACUUCUCAUGGACUGUGAGGAGCACAGCCAUGUCCUAUUCCAGCGGUCCUCCCGGCCUUUGACUUUUGAGUCCAGUGCAGGGAUCUUCAUAGGCAAUGCAGGUGCCACAGGACUGGAGAGAUUCACAGGCUCUAUACAGCAGCUCACCAUCUAUUCCAACCCCAGGACCCCCGAGGAGCUUUGUGAAGCCCAGGAGUCAUCGGCAUCGGGAGAGGCCAGUGGGCUUCAGGAGACAGACACAGUUGCUGAGAUCUUAGAGGCUGUCACUUACACUCAAGCCCCGCCCAAAGAACCAAAAGUUGAACCCAUAAGCACACCUCCAACUUCAUACUUUCCCUUUGAGGAUACGGAGCUUUCCGGUGAGCCUGUGCCGGAAGGGACCCCAGAAACCAACUUGAGCAUCAUCCAACACAGCAGCCCUGAGCAAGGGUCUGGUGAGAUCCUGAAUGACACACUGGAGGGGGUUCCUACUGAGGAUGGCGACCCCAGUACUGACAUUGGCUCAGCGGAUGGAGCCUUCCCUGACAGCCCUGAAGAACAGGGGACAGCAGCAACAACAGCAGAGGAGAAGAUGCCCUUUACUACUGCCCAAGCAGUGGAGAUCAGCACUGUGCCCACUGGGAGAGUGACCCCAGCCAUGCCCACCCAGAACUCCGGGGAAGGGACCACUCCAGGUCCAGAGAAUGAAGAAAGUUUAGCAAUGACAGCCUCAGGCGAGGGUGAAGUGCCCAUCAGCAGUGCUGGGGAAGAAGAGGCUGGCACUGUGCCCACUGAGGGGCCGACCCUGUCCAUCUCCAUGUCUACCCAGAGCCUUGUGGAAGAGGCUGCUCUGGGUCCAAGCAGUGAUGGUUUCACCACAGCUGCAGCUAUGUCAGAAGUGCCCCUUAACACUUUUGAGGAAGAGGAAGCCAGUGGAGCCCCCACUGAUGGCCUGGUUGCCUUCACACCAACCGCGGCCUUUGAGCAAGCAGUCACUUCUGCACCUAUUGAUGAAGUCUUGGCAGCAGCCACAACAGAGGAAGCUGGGGGAGAGGGGUCUGGUGGCACACCCCCUGUGGAGCCACUGCUCCCCACAGCCAUGGUGGCUCCUGAGGGACGGGUCAGUGUGACUCAACAGGUACACGUGGGAAUGAAAGGACAGGCUGAGCCCAAAGGAGAAAAGGUGGGAGCAGAGGCCGAGGGCUCUGGCCUGGACUGGGGACUAGACUUUGGCUCAGGCUUCAAGGACCUGGUGAGCCGUGAGGAGUUGUUAAGAGGUCCCCCAGGCCCUCCAGGCCCACCUGGCCCACCUGGCUCACCUGGGAUUCCAGGAACUGAUGUUUUCAUGGGACCCCCUGGGUCUCCUGGAGAGGAUGGAGCUUUUGGUGAACCUGGCCUCCCGGGCCCUGAAGGACAGCCUGGACUUGAUGGAGCUUCUGGCCAGCCCGGGAUGAAAGGAGAGAAGGGAGCUAGAGGGCCUAAUGGCUCCGUUGGUGAGAAGGGUGACCCUGGCAGCAGAGGCUUACCAGGCCCCCCAGGGAAAAAUGGACAAGCUGGUACUCCUGGAGUCAUGGGGCCUCCUGGACCUCCUGCCCCUGGACCUCCAGGCCCUGGAUGUCCAACAGAACUUGGAUAUAAGGAUAUAGAGGGCUCAGGGAGUACCAGGCUGUUGAGCGAGCCCAGAAUCUCCGGGCCAACUGCUUCAAGUGGCCUCAAAGGAGAAAAAGGAGACCGGGGACCCAAGGGCGAGAGGGGAAUGGAUGGAAUCAGCACUGUGGGGCCCCCUGGGCCCAGAGGGCCACCUGGGCGCAUUGAGGUCUUAUCCAGUUCUUUGAUCAAUAUCACCCAUGGAUCCAAGAACUUCUCGGACAUUCCUGAGCUCAUGGGGCCUCCGGGGCCGGAUGGUUUGCCUGGGCUGCCAGGAUUUCCAGGCCCUAGAGGACCAAAAGGUGACACUGGUGUUCCUGGAUUUCCAGGACUAAAAGGAGAACAGGGUGAGAAGGGAGAGCCUGGCACCAUCUUGACAGGGGACAUUCCUCUGGAAAUGGUGAAGGGAAAAAAGGGUGAACCUGGAGUGCAUGGAGCCCCAGGACCAAUGGGCCCCAAAGGACCACCAGGACACAAAGGAGAAUUCGGCCUUCCGGGACGACCUGGUCGCCCAGGACUGAAUGGCCUCAAGGGUGCCAAAGGAGAUCGAGGAGUCAUGAUGCUGGGUCCUCCUGGGCCACCUGGUCCUCCAGGUCCCCCUGGACCCCCAGGAGCUGUGGUUAAUAUCAAAGGCGCCAUUUUCCCAGUACCUGUCCGGCCACACUGCAAAACACCAGUUGGUACCACUCAUCCUGGGGAUCCAGAGCUCAUCACGUUCCAUGGUGUUAAAGGAGAGAAAGGAUCCUGGGGUCUUCCUGGUUCAAAAGGAGAAAAAGGUGAUCAAGGAGCCCAAGGACCACCAGGUCCUCCAGUGGAUCCAACUUACCUGAGGCAUUUUCUGAACAACUUGAAGGUGGAGAAUGGAGACAGGGGGCUCCGAGGAGAGUCUAAUGGCAACUUCUUUGUGUCUGGGCCUCCAGGCCUGCCAGGAAAUCCAGGCCUGAUUGGACAGAAGGGAGAGGCCAUUGUUGGACCCCAAGGACCCCCAGGAACUCCUGGUCUGCCUGGGCCACCUGGAUUUGGAAGACCUGGUGCUCCUGGACCCCCAGGACCCCCCGGACCUCCAGGACCUCCAGCUAUCCUGGGCGCAGCUGUGGCCCUUCCAGGCCCUCCUGGCCCUCCAGGACAGCCAGGCCUUCCUGGACCCAGAAACUUGGUCACAGCACUCAGCAGCAUGGAUGACAUGCUGCAGACAGCGCACUUGAUCAUAGAAGGAACUUUUAUCUACCUGAGGGACAGUGCAGAAUUCUUCAUUCGCGUCCGAGACGGUUGGAAAAAGUUACAGCUGGGAGAACUGAUCCCUCUUCCUGCUGACAGCCCCCCACCACCUGCACUGUCCAGCAACCCAUACCAGCCCCAGCCUCCUCUGAACCCUAUUUUAAGUGCCAAUUUUGAGAAGCCUGCUCUACGCUUGGUUGCUCUGAACAUGCCAUUUUCUGGGGACAUCCGAGCUGAUUUUCAGUGCUUCCAGCAGGCCAGGGCUACAGGACUGCUGUCCACCUUCCGAGCAUUCUUGUCUUCCCACUUGCAAGAUCUCUCCACAGUUGUGAGGAAAGCAGAGAGAUACAGCCUUCCAAUAGUGAACCUCAAGGGCCAGGUACUUUUUAAUAACUGGGAGUCAAUUUUUUCCGGUGACGGAGGUCAGUUCAAUACACAUGUUCCAAUAUACUCCUUUGAUGGCCGAGAUGUGAUGACAGAUCCUUCUUGGCCCCAGAAGGUUGUUUGGCACGGCUCCAGCACCCACGGCGUCCGUCUUGUGGAUAAGUACUGCGAAGCGUGGCGAGCUUCAGACAUGGCAGUCACAGGAUUGGCCUCCCCACUGAGCUCGGGGAAGAUUCUGGACCAGAAAGCAUAUAGCUGUGCUAAUAGGCUAAUUGUCCUGUGUAUCGAAAACAGUUUCAUGACAGACGCUAGGAAGUAAUGGCCUUCUGAUGGUUCUGAAUAAGAGUUUUCCAUUUUUUUUCUUAUGUGAAGAGUUGACACUGAAAUCUAAAAUGUUUAACUGUUGUAAAUAUUACAGUUUUUUUUAAAAAAAUUACACAUUCGUCCUAAGAACAACCAAAGAAAACAUACCUCAUUACACUCAAAAUGAAAGACAUAAAGGACUCAGAUCAAAGCCAAAUCUGAUCCAUAUCGGUGCUAGAUCCUGCAGGAAGCCCAUGCAGCGUGAACACAUCCCAACACAGGUUACGGGCAGGUUGAAACAGAAAACAUGGCAUUUUCCCAUCGCAUCCUUCAGAAAGUAAUUUCCUCUUUCUAACCAUGGUCAUUGAGUGUAAGACAUCCUUCAUGUUUUCUUCCAGAGUUAGUGUUUAGAAAUAUAACCCCUAAAUUAUAUGUGUUAUUAUUUCACAUCCAUCCAUCCUUUGCAACUGCUGUUCAUACAGAGAAACAGAACUGCUCAAAUGAUCCUAUUUGUAUUUCCUUAGAGUAUCAGACUUUAAUAUGUUUUUCCCCUAAAAUAUUAUUGCCAUCAUGCUUUGGACUUUGAUAUUUUUACCCUAUCAUAUUUUAGUGUGGCAUCUGUUUAUAUAACUCUGAUGACUUGCUGGAAAAGUUGAAACUCUAAAUUGCCUGAAACUAGAAAAGGAAUAGCACAAAAUUGCUACCUUUCCCUUGGCUGCCCUCCUCCCAUUCUCCUGAUUUUUGAUUUGCACUUGACAAUUCUUGAAUUAUAACUGCAACUGAAACAAACAGGUUCUUAGGGGUGAAUUUUCUGAGAAAAAAUGCAUCAACAUGCUGUGUACUUUGAUUUUUUUCUCCAUGCAAGUGAACAUAAAAACAUCUUUUCCAGGCAC